AUGUUUUGUCGCACUGUCCAGAUCUUUGCCCCACAAUGUGUGCAAACACGGGGUAUGGCUACCUUAAAGGAUAUUCGUAUCCGUUUGAAAUCUGUUAGCAACAUCCAGAAAAUCACCCAAUCCAUGAAGAUGGUGUCAGCUGCAAAAGUUGUGCCUGAAAAAAUCAUGAUGACAUUUAAUGAAGUUGGAAAGAAGCCUCCUACAUUUGCUGAUGCUUCACUUGUUGCAAGUUAUAUCUUUGACUCUGGCUACAAGUUUGAUUGUGGCAGUGUCUACUAUAAUGUCUUUAGGAGUGUUGUCUCUUACAAAACCACGGAGAUGCCGAUUUACUCCUUGGAUACUGUUAGUCAGGCUGAAAAACUUCCUUUAUAUGACAGCAUUGAUGAUGAUGUGUUGACUUCUUUUAAUGAAUUUGCUCUGGUCAGCCAAAUUUAUUUUGCUCUGAAGGAAUCGGCCUGCAGUGAGCAAAGUUCCAGGAUGACAGCCAUGGAUGCUGCAAGUAAAAACGCAAGUGAGAUGAUCGACAAGCUGACUCUGACUUACAACAGGACCAGACAAGCCGUAAUCACCAAAGAACUUAUUGAGAUCAUCUCUGGUGCUGCUGCUUUAUAA